GAAUCCCAUAAAACACUGCUACCAUGUACUCCUCCCAUACUAAACUGCCUUUAGUUUAGAUAUGCACAAUUUUAGAUUACACGAAUGUGUUAGCUAGCUAUUUUUCAUAAAAGGAAAAGCAAUUUGCAAGACAUUUUGAAAUAGCCAGUGCCUCUUGUUCAUGCGCUGUGGAGUGACAACGUUAGCUAGCUAGUUCGCCAGCUAACACAGGCAAGCUAGCUAGCUAGCUUUUUCCAAUGGACAAGCCUGUGAAACUGCUUGCUAGUUAGCCAACAGAAGCUUCUUUCUAAAGGCAUUACAAGGCACUUCAUCUUCUUACAGUGAUGGAUGAAGUUGAUAAGAUUUUAAUUCACUCGCUUAAACAGACCGGCACGGAUGUGGGGAAGGAUGUGCAGAGUGUGAAGCACUUCACCAGUGAGCUGAUAGUGGAGGCGGUGGUGAGAUGUCUGCAAGUGAUCGACCCGGCCUUGGGGAGCGGCCUGUCCCCCUCCUUACCCCCCGGCAUGUCUGCCCGCUUCCGAGUGGGCAUGAGCCUGGCACAGGCCUGUCAGGACCUUGGCUACAAGGGAGAGAUUGGCUACCAGACCUUUCUGUACAGCAAUGAGCCAGAGAUCCGCUCCCUGCUCAUGUUCCUGGUGGAGAAGCUGCCCAGAGAAAGUGCCGAGGCCUCGGACCAACCAGCAGGUAAAUCGACCCUCCUCCAGAAAUCCAUAGCUGCCCAGAUUAAAGCUCAGCUGGCUUUGCCCUGGCUCUCUCCAUCCUGCAGACUACCCCUCCUCUGUAAAACACAGAACCCAGGACCGUCCCACAGUUUCCACUCUCAGCCCCUUAGUUUACCGCACUGCCUCAAAGUGCCUGGGAAAAGGCAAUUGAAAGAGGAAAAUGACUACCACAGGGACUUCCUUCCCCCUGUAACUGCCCAGCUGUCGCAGCAUGCCUCAGUGCCGGCCUCCCUGCUGGAGCAGCAUGCAGGGGAACUCAGUGCUGCCCAGGAGUGGGAGAAUGAGUGGAACAGCCAAGGCCUCCUCUCCCGCCUCACCCCCGAGGAAUAUCGCUCCAGGAAGCGUGCACGUCUACAGAAGCGGAUCGAAGAGCAGCUGCGCACUGCGGCCCAACCCCGCCCGGACACCCUCAGCGCCCACAGGUCGGGCUCUGACCUCACAGAGCUGCUGCAGUCCUUCGGGGGCUCUGCCCUCAUUGGUGACAUCCUUGCCAAGGGCACCCGCUUCACCCACACCGAGAAAUUCACUUUCACAGAGGAGCCUGAGAAAGCUGCCAAGCAGAUGGCAGCAGCGGCCAACUCCCUCCCCAGCUCGCAUCAGUCGGAGGAGGACCUGCAGGCCCAACAGCAGGAGGAGCUGGCCUCCCUGCAGCAGCAGCUCCAGCAGCUCUCCCUCAGUCUUGAGGAGGUGGGCGGAGACAUGAGGCAGCUCACUGUGUCCAUACAUCAGGUGUCAGAUGAGCUGAAGCAGAAAGAGCUGAGCAACAUGGAGGAGGAGGACUCUGUGCGGGUAAAGAAGCAGACCAUUAACCUGCUGCCGGACGGGGAGAACAACCUUGCUAAGCUGCGGGCCCUAGUAGAGGGAAGUGCCGAGCGAGUGGUCAACCUGGCCGCCCAGUGGGAGAAACACAGAACUCCGCUUAUCGACGAGCACCGCAGGCUCAAGGAGCUCUGCAGCAACCGAGAGAUGGAGUCCUCUCGGAAGCUAUCUGAAAUCAAAGAGCUUCACGACAAAAUCCGUCAAUCUGCGGAGGAGGCCAAGAAGAAGGAAGGACUGUAUAAACAACUGAUAACAGAGUUUGAGAAUCUCCCCAAAGAUAUCUCCCGCUCAGCCUACACUGCGAGGAUCCUGGAGAUUGUUGGCAACAUCAGGAAACAGAAGGAAGAAAUUACAAAGAUUCUGUCUGACACUAAGGAGCUGCAGAAAGAGAUUAACAGUCUGACUGGAAAACUGGACCGAACGUUCGCUGUGACUGAUGAGCUGGUCUUCAAGGAUGCGAAGAAAGACGACUCUGUCCGCAAAUCCUACAAGUACCUGGCAGCCUUACAUGAGAACUGCACUCAGUUGAUCCAAACUAUUGAGGACACUGGCACAAUCAUGAGAGAGAUCAGAGACCUGGAGGAACAGAUUGAAACAGAGAAUGGUAAAAAGACAGUAAGCAACCUGGAGAAGAUCCUGGAGGACUACAAAGAUAUUCGCCAGGAGAACUCUGCUCUGGCUGCCAAGAUCAGAGAGGCCUGACGUGACCCUCCUCAGCAUGAAUCACCGUAGUGGCCGCCUGACUUGUCUGCUGGUCAAACUGACCGGUAGAUAGCAUGCCCUCGAGACUGCCUGUCCUGUGUGUGGAACCAAGAAACCACACUCCAUCUCGUCUCAAGACUUUCAACGCUGUCCUUCGUCCACUGUCACCUUGUUGCAUUGCCUUCUGGGAGCACCGACAGCAUAUGGGGGAGGGGAGAUUGAAUUUUGUACUGAAAUGACUUAUACUUUUUUUUGCACAAACCUUGGCUGACCAAAAACCAUGCUGGAUAUAGAACAGAUUUGUGAUGCAUAAAACAGUGAUGAAUUAUACUUGCCUUGCAUCCCUGGUGUCCAUACACUGGUUGCAUAUUGAUUCCACCCAAUCAAAAAAUAAGUUCUGUAACAAUGAUGCUCUCAGACUUUCUAUUAGAAAUUAUCUCAAUUGCAGUAGUUCUGAUAGACCGAAUCAAGUGAAUGUCUUGUUGAUCUGGUACAAUUACAGAAGCACUGAUUUACAUCCCUAUAAAUUUGAGCACAUCAAUCAUUACCUACAUUCUUAGACCCAGUCAUUGGAAAUUAAUGUAAUGUGGAUUUAGAACUCAUGAGGUCAUUUGUUUGAAUGUCAUCCAGUCCUAGACUAGUAAACCGAGUCAGUGUAAGUGAAUCUGGUGAAUCUGGUGAGGUUAGUGUCCUGUGAAAAUGUCAGGUUUAUGUACUCUCAAAGUGCACAAUGUUUCAGAAGUAACAUGCACCAUCACAGUCCCCCUGAGUAAUGGUGGCUGUACAAAUUACCAGCUUUAAGCUUUUUUAUGUAUAAUACUUCAAGUAAACUUGAUACUACUUUGAAAUGCAAUGUAGGUCCAUGUGUUAAGGUGAAUUUCUUCAUUUUGCCCCUCCUGUUCCACAGACCAAUGCAAUGGUUAGGUAUGGCCUAAGAUACCGUUGAUUUGUGCAGAAAGAAAUCCAUGCCAUAUUUUGUCUUACAAACUGGAAUCGCUAUAGAGAUUACUAGGUUUGUCCUUUCUAGUUCAUUCUCAGCCGUAAUCAAAUGCUGCUUUUGUCUCUCUUUUGCUGAGUAUUAUUUGGCUUAGGGUAAGUUGCCUCACCUUUUGGGCAUUGAUCUCCUGAAAUGGUCUAGAUUAGAUAACAAAUAAACUACAUUGAUCGAAAUAAUGAUUCAUGCAAAACUUGUAUAAAAACAAUACAAAAUGUUAGUUGGCAGAAAAUUAACAUUUAAAUGAAAGUCCUGUGCUAUGUUGUGUUUUCUUUCACACGUUAAGGUUUAAUUAAUGUUGAAAUGCUGAAAGGUCCUUUGUGUCACGUUUGUAUUCUGGCCUUUUUUCCUGAUCCUGUGGGAAUGCCUGUUGUACUGGCUCUUUAGCCAUGUUUAUACCUGGUACUAACAUGCACCCUUUGUCCUGAUCUUGUCAACAUUCUAAUUGUGCCCAUAUUUUUUGAUGGGUGUAGAUGGUUAAAAGACACAUUGUGAUCUCUUUGUGAUCAGAUCUCAGGAGGUAGUCAGGCACGCAUUGGCUGCGUUCACACAGGCAGUCCAGUUCUGAUAUUUUUCCCAAUUAUUAGCAAAAGAGCUUAUCUGAUUGGUCAAAAGACCAAUUGGGGGAAAAAAGUAUGCUGCCUGUGUAAGCGCAGCCAUUGUGUCUAGAUAUCAGUCAAGUGUUAACAGAUCUGGAUGGUCAAACUAAAUCAUCAUUAUACUGGCCUCUAAUAUCAUUGACACUGAGCACCAUUGACUUAUGGCAUCAGCAAUUGUCUUCAAAUAAAUACAUUCAUAUUA